CGGAUCCGUUGAAUAGCCGCCAAAGCGCGCUUAGAUGCAGCAACAGCCAACUUGGCCAAGAAGAGCCGAUCAGCCAACAGCUAGCGACGGUUUUAGCCCCCACACAAGAAACGGCAAAAAAUAACAGAUAACCGCAAAAAAUACAGAUACAAAAAAAAGGUAUUGCCCAAAAAAAUAAUAAACAAAACUUUUCACGGGCAAUUCUAAGAAGUAAAAGUGAAACAUAAACAAGCUAAACUCUGUUUCGCCAUUUUACAAAAUAGUAAAACAUAACCCAAUACCCAAAACAGUGCUCAUAUAAUAUCAAAUUUCAUCGACCGUAAAGUGCUCACAACAAACAAACAAAAUACAAAUCAAAAUACAGUCCAAGCGUUUAAAAACAACAAACAAACCUAGUUAAGUUUCCCCCCCAUAAAGUUGUGAAAUCCUAAGCUACUUACUUCCUCGUUAAACUUCAACUCAAACAAGCCUUAUUCUUUGUAGCAUCAAAGAAUUGGAGGCCCUAUAAGUAUCUUAUCACUGAAUGGAAACAAAACACAACACAAAUCAACAUUAACUAUGAUAGCCCAUAUGUAAAGUGUUCGUCAAAAAGAUUCGGUUACGAAACAGCUCAAGAUCAUAAAAGUCAACAAAUUCGACAUUUUAUGGCAGUUCGGAAAGUGGUAUUUAUAAACGACAACAACAAACCAUAAACAUAUAUUAUCCAGAUGAUUCGGUAGUAUAUUUCGCCAUCGAAUAUUUGAUUACAAUCGCCGGGAAACGGGAAAAUACAAAGGAAAUGCAGAACUUUUCAAGCUCGACGCAUCAACAACUUCUAACCACCACCAGUUCCAGCACCACUAGUUCCAGCACCACCCAGUCCGCCCGCCGACUCGAGGGCCACAGAUUGAGGCACCGCGGAAGCCCGGCUCCGUCUGCGAUAUGAUGGAACGUCUGUCCACGCACCUGUCGCUCACCGGCCUCUCGCUCGCUCAUCCCCUGCAGACUCACCUGGGCUCCGGCGGCGGAUCGCACCACCUUGGCCAACUGGCGGCGGCGGUGCAUCAUCAGCAGCAGCAGCAGCAGCAACAGCAGCAAUCCGACCAGGGACUCGGCCACUCGCACCACCUGCACGGCCAGCAGUUGUCGCUGAACCACCAGCACCACCAUCCCCACCAGUCGCCGCAGCACCAGCAGCAGCACCAGCAGCAGCACCAGCACCACCCGUGCAGCAGCAACAGCAGCAACGGUUCCCCCAACGGCUCCACCGGCCUGGGCCUGCAUCCCCACUCGGCGCUCCACCUGGCGCACCACCACUCCCAGCUGCACCAGCACCACCCGGCGGGUCAGCAGCAGCAGCAGCAGAGCCAGCCAGCGGUGUCCUCGUCCUCGGGUUCGCACCACAGCCAGUCGCAGUCGCUGAGCCACCAGCCGCACAGCAACGGCAGCUCCCAGCUGGGCGGUGGUUCGGCCAGUGGUGCCGGCUCAGUGGCCGGCGGUUCGGCCAACAGCCACCACAGUGCUCCGGCCUCCAGCAGCGUGAUGGCCGCCGCAGCAGCCGCCCACCUGCACCACAAUUCGCAGGCCUCGCCCAUCAGCAAUCUCCACCAGAACAUGGGCAGCCUCAUGAACAGCGGCAGCAGCGCCAGCGAUGUCUUCUUCAGUCUAAUGAUCCAGAACACAACGAAGCGACAAAACGAGGAGCACAUCAAACGUCCAAUGAACGCUUUCAUGGUCUGGUCGCGUCUUCAGCGACGGAAGAUAGCUCAGGAUAAUCCUAAGAUGCACAAUUCAGAGAUUUCCAAGAGGCUAGGUGCCGAGUGGAAGUUGCUCACCGAGGAGGAGAAACGUCCGUUUAUCGAUGAGGCCAAACGUUUGAGGGCCAUGCACAUGAAAGAGCAUCCGGACUACAAAUACCGACCGCGACGAAAGCCAAAGGCCCUGAGACGCGAUGGCUAUCCCUAUCCAAUGCCAUAUCCUUCGGUGCCCGUAGAGGCGUUAAGAGCGGGCAUUACGCCCGGUUACUUUGCGCCCGGUCCCACAGCGGCUGCCUAUCACCUGGGCAGCCAUCUCGGCCAGACAUCCACGCCAACCACGACGCAGGCCACCCUCUCCGGACAGAUGGACAAGUUCGCCCUGGAGCGCAGCUCGUAUCUGAGCAACUCGUCGCAGGCGAGUGCCUACAGCGCCUACUUGGACCCCAGUGUGCUGACCAAGGCGUACUUCGACUCCAAGAUGUACCAGGAUCGGGCGGCCAACUAUGCCUUCGACAUAUCCAAGAUUUAUGGCGCCCAGCAGCAUGCAGCGGCCCACCAUCAGCAGCAGCAGCAGCAACAGCAGCAGCAGCAGCAACAACAGCAACAGCAGCAACAGUUGCUGCUCAGUGGUGGCGGAGGAGGGGGAGGGGGCAGCGGUGGGGGCGGCAGUGCCAGCUCGCACAACAACAACAGCAGCAGCGGACUGGACGACCGCGAUGCCACGCCCCAAUUGGAGGCGGUGGAGGCUAAGCCCCAUCUGCAUUCGCCCAGCGAUGUGGGUCUGGAUUAUGCCCAAUAUGCUGGUCAAUAUGGCGGUCAGUUGGCCACGGCAGCGGGUGGUGCUGUGGGUGGUGGCGCUGCCGCCGGUGGGUCAGCGGGCGGUGGUGGGGGUGGUGCCACCGCAGCGGACUUUCGGCGACCGCUGACGGUGAUCUUCUGACCACCAUCUUCCAAUGGCAGCGAGGAGUUGAACUUGUCUAUGACCUAGGAGAAGGAAAGGGGAUCACAUUCGUUCCGUUGCCAGUUCUGAAUGGGUUUACCAAUUAUAUUUGUUGGCAAAAUGUUAAUUAUAUUCCUAACUAAAAAAUCCGUAAGCCCUAUGGGGGUGAAAAACCUUUUCAAUAUAUUUUUUGGUGUCUAAAAGUAGGCAAUAAAUAAACGACAGUCGUUUUUCUGAAAAUAUUCAGUUACCUUUGAGUUUCAAAUAUAUUGUUGCAUACUUUUAGACACCUAUUAAUAAAUUUAAAAGUGAUUUAAUGCUCGGUGUUUCUGGCUUAGCGUAAAUUCCAAUUUUAACAAUUCGUAAACCCUAAAAUUCAGAAACAGGAAUAGCCAACGAGAACCGAGGUGUAUCUACCCCGAAAAGGAUAUAUCGAAAAGGGUAAAACAAAUACAACCGAAAAUGCGAGAUUAAAGUUAAACGUAGCCAACAUUUACAUUUAAGUCUCCAGUUGUAAACUAAACUUAAGCUUUGUUAAAAUAGAGCAAGCAAGAAAAUGGAGAGGAAAACCGAUGGACGGAAAAGAAAAUGGAUUACAGAGAGGCAAAAUCACUUAGCAAACGAGAAGAAUAUUUCAACAAAUUGAAACAACAACGAGCGGUGCAAUUUUUUUAUGUUUUAAACGCAGAUAGAAGUGCAUAGCAUAAAUUUAAAAUUAAAUUUAAAUGUAUUUAAAUUCUACACUAAACACACACAAACAAAGCAAAAUACACACAAAAUAUAUACAUACAUCAGAAACCAGAAAAAAUAUAAAAAACAAAAAAUAAAAGACGCAUU